AAAAUUGUUGUUUCGUCGUCUGCGAAAGCAUCCUGGGAGAAAGACGAUACACACAGUGUUCGUCUUCCGUCUAAUCAAAUGGCGCAUGUGCUACUCCGACACUCAGAGUGUAAUAAAUUCAAGAUGAUGAAGAAAUUACAAAAGAGGGGAAUGAUGAACAAGAGUGCACGUAUUUAGGGUAAACAUAGGGUGUGGUCCUUACUUCAUGGGUCCAUGUGAGUUUUUAAUAGACGAAAGCGAUGUCUAUCCCUCCGCAUCGCUCAUUUGCAGCCUCAGAAACAUUAUUGUACAGUUCCUCUGUUUCGCCAAAAGAAAGAGAAUAAAGAAACAUUAUGGAGAUGCCGAGAGCCCCUCCGUCUAUCUUCACGGAUUUAGAGCCAUUAAGUGAACGCAAAUCACUUGAGGUUUUCAACCCCUCGAGUGGUAAAGAGGUAAACGGAUCAGCUUCAGCUUCUUCUUCAUCAAAGCCUCACGAUGAAAAUGGAAAAGGAAGCAGCAGUAAGUGGAUGGAGUUUCAAGAUACUGCAAAGUUAGCAGAGAGAACUGCUGAGUGGGGUUUAUCAGCUGUUAAGCCUGACUCGGGAGAAGAUGGGAUUAGUUUCAAGGUGUCAAGUGAAGUGGACCGAAGCAAGACGUCUAGGAGGUCAUCUGAAGAAUCAUCAUCUUCUGAAUCUGGGGCCUUUCCUAGAGUGUCGCAGGAGCUCAAAACCGCUCUUUCCACGUUGCAGCAGACUUUUGUUGUCUCUGAUGCUACACAGCCACACUGUCCCAUAGUAUAUGCCAGCAGUGGAUUUUUCACCAUGACUGGUUAUUCUUCGAAAGAGAUUGUUGGAAGAAACUGCCGGUUUCUGCAAGGGCCUGACACAGACCAGAAAGAGGUUGCCAAAAUCAGAGAUGCUGUCAAGAAUGGAAAGAGUUACUGUGGAAGGCUCUUGAACUACAAAAAGGACGGAACUCCCUUUUGGAAUCUUCUCACAAUCACUCCUAUUAAGGAUGACCAAGGCAACACCAUCAAAUUCAUUGGGAUGCAGGUUGAAGUAAGCAAAUACACAGAAGGCGUGAACGAUAAAGCAUUGAGGCCUAAUGGACUCUCCAAAUCCCUGAUCCGAUAUGAUGCUCGCCAGAAGGAGAAAGCUUUGGAUUCCAUUACUGAGGUCGUGCAAACAGUGAGACAUCGCAAGUCUCAAGUGCGAGAUUCAGUGAGCAAUGAUGUAAUGGUGACGCCUGGUAGUACUACUACCACUACACCUGUUAGACAAGCUAUACAACCAGAUGAGGCUUCAAAGUCAGCCAGAACACCUGGACGUGUUUCUACUCCAGCGAAGUCAAAGAGCAAAUCACUUGAUGCUCCUAGUGUGGAACCUGAAGAAUUGAUGUUGAGCACAGAAGUAAUAGAGCCGAGGGACAGUUGGGACCGUUUAGAAAGAGAAAGGGAUAUUCGUCAAGGGAUUGAUCUGGCUACCACUCUUGAGCGCAUAGAGAAGAAUUUCGUCAUCAGUGAUCCUCGUCUUCCUGAUACUCCUAUUAUAUUUGCAUCAGACAGCUUUCUUGAACUGACAGAGUAUACACGUGAGGAAAUUUUGGGGAGAAACUGUCGGUUUCUUCAGGGGCCAGAGACAGAUCAAGCGACUGUCCAGAAGAUAAGAGACGCAAUUAGAGAGCAAAGGGAGAUAACUGUACAGUUGAUAAACUACACGAAGAGCGGAAAGAAAUUCUGGAACUUAUUCCACUUGCAACCUAUGCGUGAUCAAAAGGGAGAGCUUCAAUACUUCAUUGGUGUGCAGCUUGAUGGAAGUGAUCAUGUGGAACCUCUCCGAAACCGUUUAUCUGAGAGAACAGAGAUGCAGAGUUCUAAACUGGUACUUAGUUCAUAUCCUUCUGCGCUUUUAAAAAAAAAAAUCUCUUUUCCAUCAGAGGAGACUUAUCACAUUGUUCAGGUGAAAGCUACAGCAACAAAUGUAGAUGAAGCUGUCAGAGAACUUCCAGAUGCUAAUAUGCGGCCGGAAGACCUGUGGGCUGCACACUCAAAACCUGUCUAUCCUUUGCCUCACAAGAAGGAGAGUACGUCCUGGAAAGCAAUACAGAAGAUCCAAGCAAGUGGAGAAACAGUAGGACUACACCAUUUCAAGCCAAUAAAACCGUUGGGCUCUGGUGAUACUGGCAGUGUCCAUUUGGUUGAACUGAAAGGCACAGGUGAGUUGUAUGCCAUGAAGGCAAUGGAGAAAACCAUGAUGUUGAAUCGUAACAAGGUUCACAGAGCAUGCAUCGAAAGAGAAAUCAUUUCCCUUCUGGAUCAUCCUUUCCUUCCCACUCUCUACGCUUCCUUUCAGACAUCUACGCAUGUUUGUUUGAUUACAGACUUCUGCCCCGGUGGAGAGUUGUUUGCACUGCUUGACAGACAACCGAUGAAAUUUUUGUCGGAGGAUUCAGCAAGGUUCUAUGCAGCAGAGGUCGUUAUUGGCUUAGAAUAUCUUCACUGCUUAGGAAUAGUGUACCGAGACCUGAAGCCUGAAAAUAUACUGCUCAUGAAGGAUGGACACAUUGUAUUAGCAGACUUUGAUCUAUCAUUCAUGACGGCCUGCACACCCCAGCUUAUUAUUCCACCUGCACCUAGCAAACGAAGGAGAUCCAAGAGUCAACCAUUACCGACAUUUGUUGCAGAACCAAACGCCCAGUCGAACUCGUUUGUAGGGACUGAAGAAUACAUUGCGCCUGAGAUAAUCACGGGCUCUGGGCAUACGAGUGCUAUUGAUUGGUGGGCACUAGGUAUCUUGUUGUAUGAGAUGCUUUAUGGUCGCACACCUUUCAGGGGUAAGAAUAGGCAGAAAACAUUUGCCAACAUCUUGCACAAAGAUCUCACCUUCCCCAGCAGUAUCCCUGUAAGUCUUGUAGGUAGACAGUUGAUCAACAUGUUGCUAAAUAGAGAUCCAAGCAGUCGGUUAGGAUCCAAAGGUGGGACAAAUGAGAUAAAACAGCAUGCUUUCUUCCGCGGGAUCAAUUGGCCUCUCAUACGAGGCAUGAGCCCUCCACCAUUGGAAGCACCGUUGCGUAUAAUAGAGAAAGAUCCGAAAGCCAAAGAUAUAAACUGGGAAGAUGAUGGGGUGCUUGUGAAUUCUAUUGACAUUGAUCUCUUCUAAACAAACACCGACUCUUUCCGUUCUUCUGCCUUUGAGACUCAUUUUAGUGCAAACCUAUUCUUCUCAAUAAAGCAAAAUGGUGUUGUAUUCUAGUUGCUUACAUGUUAUAUAUGUAAUAAUACAUCAGACAUAAGAGGUGGUGUUGUAUUCUAGUUGCUUACAUAUUAAACACAAUUUUCCAUUGCUUUUA